UCGCUUGUAUUCCUUAUACCUCAAAGCAAACGCACCCUAAGAGUCGAGACAAAAUCAUUAAUUUGGUAAAAAGAAAUUAUGAAGAUAGAAGAUGGGAAUCGAUGGUCGACAAAGAUGGUGAAGAUGAUUCCAUGGAGGCAGUGGUGAAGCGGCUGGUGAUUAUAGCUGUUCUCUGCACACAAUACGACCCAGACAAACGUCCAAGGAUGUCGAAUGUGGUGAGGAUGUUGGGAGCUGGUGGUGGCUCGGCUGAGUGGUCCGAGGAAGAAGUCAGAAAAGAAGAGUAUCCUCUCAACAACUGUCCCAAUUCAGAGUGGAUAGGUGGGACAUUCUUUUUUAUUUCGCAGCAAUUUCUGAGAAGAAGGCUAUCAAUUUCAACUGAAUUUGCAUUGCAUUACAUUUAAAUUGUGGCAACUGGGAGAGACUGGUGCAAUGUUGGUUGUAUACUAUAAGUUGAAACAUGUCAUAUUCGUCGCCUCGGGACAACUGGGAGAGGCUGGUGACAGCAGUGGUGAAGAGAGAGCAGAUAUGGCAACUCUGCCACCAAAACUCCAUCUCCACCAUUGCUUCUGAUUAUACCGACGUAACUCUCAGUUUUUCAAGUGUGAGAUCUGUUUCCUCAUCAUCGCAUCAACUUCCAGUUAUAAAUGAUUCUAUCAUCGAAGAUAGGAAAAAUGCUUCUAAAACUAUAUCACAGAAGCUAUUUUCUGCUCUGCGUUGGAAAAGGAAACCAAAGGACUGUGAUGUGCGCGAAGGUUUGGUUGGCAUUCCCGAGUAUGAUGGACUUGAGAGCUUUUCCCUACUUGAGCUACUAAUUGCAACGGACAAUUUUAGCUACAAAAAUUUCAUUGGACGUGGUGCACAUGGUACAGUAUAUAAAGGUCGACUGAACAAUGGCUCUGUAGUGGUAGUUAAAAGAUUAAAACAAGUAAUUGAGUUACAACUAGAAAUGGCGAGCCUUGUAAUACAUCAUAAUGUAAUCAAACUUAUUGGAUUUUGCAUUACACAAGAAGAACAGCUGCUUGUUUAUCCUUUCAUGCAGAUUGGAUGUUUGGAAUCAUGCUUAAAAAGGAGACAGCCUGCACUUGGCUGGCCAGUUAGAAACUCGAUAGCGCUUGGGGUCGCAAAAGGUCUAGCUUAUUUGCAUGAAGAAUGUGUCAGAACUAUCAUUCAUCGCGAUGUUAAUGCUGCAAAUAUACUGUUGGAUGAGGACUUUCAAGCAGUCUUGGCUGACUUCUGCUUGGCCGAAUUCAUGGACUGCCACGAUGAUUCUACCAUAAAAGGGACAUCCGGUCAUAUGGCCCCUGAGUAUAUGUUAGCCGGUAAGUUUACAGAGAAAGCCGAUGUUUUUAGCUAUGGGAUCUUUCUUCUUCAGCUCAUCACAGGACAGUAUAGUCAUGAGCUUCAACAUCUUGCGACUAAGGAUGGGAUGCAGUUACUUGAAAUGGUAUAUACAGUAUACAAGGAGGAAAAAUUUGAAGUGUUGGUUGAUUCAAGUUUUGAAGGAAAUUUUGUAAAAGAGGAUGUGGAGAAGUUGUUUCAGUUAACUCUCAUCUGCAUACAAGAUGAUCCACAUGAACGCCCAACGAUGUCGGAAGUCGUGAGAAUGAUCGAAGAUGGCGAAUGCGAUGAGAGGUGGAAAAAAUUCUUAUGGCAUAAAAGAUUUUUAACCCCUGGGAGUGUCGUCCUUCUCAGUGAAGGAUGGAUGAUCUUUGAUAGUUGCUCUUUGACUGAGGCAGAGUUACUAUCCGAUCCCAGAUGAUUCAGGCAAUAGCUUCGAUGAAACCAGCUCUUUUCACCUUCUCCCUUGUCCAUUUCCGGACAUUCUUAGUUUAUCAAACAUCUCCCAUAAACGGCGUUUGUUUUUGUCCGAUUUCUCUUAUAUUGCAAUCAAAUUUUUAAGUUAA